GUUCUUGGGUGAAAAGUUCUUAAUUUCCCUUGGCCAUUGAAACAAAUGUCAACGAUAAGAGAGGAAUAGUCUUUUUCUAAAGUCUUCACCUGUCUCAUCACCACCAAAAUCCUUAUUUACCACCGCCGCCACUACCACCACCUUACUAUGAACCCACUUUGUAUUCCACUUUAAACCCACCUCUGCCUUAUGCUCCAUCACACAGUCCUUAUCCUGCUCCCCCACCCGGGCCAGCACCACCUUCGCCACCGGUUAAUUCUUAUUAUUGCCAUUCUCAAAGUGGCUACACUUCUUGUAAUAAUGCAAAUCACGUGAUGGGCAGCUUCAGAAUCAACCACCAGUUUCAUUACCAGCCUCCUUACUACGCUAACCAGGCCCAUCGAUGGCCCACUAACAAGCCUCAAGUGGGCCCCGCAACACCGCCGCCUUAUGUUGAUCAUCAGAGUGCAAAGAAGGUGAGGAAUGAUGUGAAUGUUCACAAGGAUACGUUGAAGAUUGAAGUGGAUGAGCAGAAUCCGGACCAUGUCUUGGUUUCAUUUGUCUUUGAUGCCAUGUUUGAUGGGGGCAUCACUAUUUUGUACUUUGUCAAGGAAGAGGCAAAUUGUAGAUUUGUUCCACUGUUUCCCGAAGCCUAUGUGCCAGUGAGAGUUCCCUUUAAAAAAGGAUUGGGCCAGAAAUUUUGUCAGCCUUCAGGCACAGGCAUUGACCUUGGCUUCUUUGAAUUGGAUGAUCUCUCUAAACCAUCGCCAGGAGAAGAUGUAUUUCCUCUUGUAACAUCUGUUGAAACAAAUGUGACAUCACCUUCCAGCAAUGAACAUUUUGGUGAUCCUGAGCCAAAUACAGCUGCUCAUAUGCAGAUGACUCAAGCUGUUCUAGAAAAGAGCAAUGACACUUCAUUCCUAGCAAAAGUAAUAAGGCAGAUAUUAUGGGUUGAUGGAGUUUGCUAUGAGUUACAUGAGAUAUAUGGAGUAGGAAGCUCAGCAGCUGAGGGUUUUGAUGACAGUGACCCAGGGAAGAAAUAUGUGAUUUGCAUGACUGAACCUAAGGAUACUGCUGUGCUACCUUGCAGACAUAUGUGUAUGUGCAGUGAGUGUGCAAAGGCAUUGCGGCUUCAGUCAAAUAAGUGCCCCAUAUGCCGCCAGCCCAUUCAGGAACUUAUAGAGAUCAAGAUAAAUAGUGGUGAUGAUCAAUGACAGAAUUUUAUAUCAAGUUUCAUUGCACGGUAUGAGUACUUAAUUCUUUAUAUUUGUAAUCUGUCUUUCCCAGCUCUUUAUGCAUGUAAGUAUUCUGUAUAUUCCAAUCGUUUAACAACAUCUUUUUCAAUCAUAUACAACAUCUUUUUAA